UUGGUAUUUUGGUAAAAUAAGUCACAAAGAUGCAGAGAAAAAAUUAUUACAGCCAGGAUUGUCUAGCGGUUGUUUUAUUGUACGAGACAGUGAGUCAACACCAGGCUCGUAUGCCCUUUCUGUUCUGUACUAUGACAGAGUGAAAGGUGAUCAUAGUGUGAAGCAAUACAAAAUAAAAAAACUUGAUCAGAAUGCUGGCUAUUUUAUCACUGCACGGGCUCAAUUUCCAUCAGUUUCUAAGCUUGUCGACCAUUACGCAAUGCAACCUGAUGGAUUAUGUGAAAAGCUUUCCAAAGCAUGCCCCAAAGUCAAUCCUAAUACCAGGGGUUUAGGUAAAGAUCAAUGGGAAAUCCCAAGAGAGUCAUUGAAAUUGCAGAAAAAACUUGGUGCUGGUCAGUUUGGAGAAGUAUGGGCUGGGAAUGCGCUGGUAAUCAUGUGGGUGAAAGAAAGAGAAUCUUGGCAGACAAAGAUCAAACAAACUUUUUGCGAGGUUGAAGAUGCUAUGUCAGGUGACUACAUCCAUUUAAAUGAAACCCGUCCCUGUCCUCCUCCAUCCCCUGUGGCUUAUGACGAGUCAACACUUACGUCGCCAAGAACACUUAAGGUAUUGUGCUUGAUUGGGGGAUUUGCUCUCUUUAUGUCUGUUUAUUACACCGUGGAACAAGCAUUUUUUAACAAAGAAGACAAAGAAGAGAUGUCCAGAUCAUCAGAACAAACUGAACAAACUCCUUUAUAUCAACCAGUGAGAAGUGAGGAAGACACUUUGGAUAAUGUGCCACCAUUUAUUGAUGGGAUACCUUUAGAAACUUUGCAUCUAUCACCAGAAGAAAUUGAGUUGAAUUAUUCACUUGGAACAAACAGUGAGAAUAUUACAAUAGAAAAUGAAACAAAUUUGACAGUUUCACUGCCAAUGAGUGCAUCUGCGUCUAGUCAAAGUACAGAUGAAGACACAAUAUUUGAAAGAGAUACGUUGUUUCCUAUAAGAGAAACACCACAGGCGCAUAAUCUUGUGGAACAUGAUGAACAAAGUACAGCUAAUGGAAACAACAUCACCAAUUAA